AUGCAUUUCAACAUGCCAUCUCAUCUGCGGUCUGUCGCCCUCGUCUCGCUCUUUUUGGGCUCAGCGGUCUCCUCGCCGUUUGUCUACCACCGUCGCCCGCAGUUGCAGCAGUAUCUGGGCCCCGAAGCGAACCAGAACCCGUCCGAACCGACCGAGCCGUAUGACUACGUGGUGGUGGGCGGCGGCGUGACCGGCCUCAUCGCGGCGGCCCGGCUGGCCGACGCGUCCUACAGUGUGGCUGUCGUCGAAAAGGGCGGAUACUAUGAGCAGAUGACGGGCAAUUUGAGUGAGGUGCCGGGAUAUACCGAGCUGUUUGAUAACAGCAAGACUCCUCCCCGGGAUGAGGUGGAGCACUGGUGGGAGGUGGCUGGCACGCCGGAAACCAACAACCGCAAGUUGAACUUUACCGGCGGCAAGAUGAUCGGUGGCAGCCAUGCCUUCUCGUACUUUGGCUACCUGCACCCGACCGUCGGUGCCAUGCAGAAAUGGGCCGACGAUGUGGGCGAUGAAUCGUGGACCUAUCCCAACACCCGCAAGUUCUUCGACCAAUCCAUGUUCUUCACGCCUCCCAAUGACACCACGCGGUGGGCCAAUGCCACGCCCGAGUAUGACCCCAGCUACCAGGGCAGCGGCCCCUUGGAGAUCACCUACCCGCGGUGGGCACAGCCCUUCAGCACCUGGCUCGUCCGCGCCUUCGAUGCCCUGGGGGUGACUCAUACCUUGAGCUAUGCCACGGGCGAGCUCUUCGGCUCGAGUUGGAUCCUGGACACAAUCAACAGCACCGAUGGCACCCGGUCCACCACCUGGACGGCCUACGUCAAGAAUGCGCCACCCAAAAAGAAGCUCGAUGUGUAUACCUUUUCCCUCGCGGACAAGAUCCGCUUUGACGGGAAGACGGCGACGGGAGUCGAUGUGACUCGGAAUUUACCGGAUGAGCCCGAGGAAAAGUUCACCAUCCAGGCCAAGAACGAGGUGGUCCUGGCCGGCGGAGGCAUUCUCUCCCCGCAGCUGCUGCUGGUCUCGGGCGUCGGACCCGCUGCAACGCUGGCCGAAUGGGAUAUCCCGGUGGUGCUGGACAAGCCGGGGGUGGGACAGAACAUGCAUGAUCAUAUCGUCUUUGGCGUUACCUACCGCGUCAAUAUCCCCACCUCGUCCAUCCUUCUGGAUCAGGACACUCGGUGGCAACAUGAGGAUUUGUUCAAAGAGAAUGUCACCGGCAUGCUGGUCAACCCGGGUCCGGAUUACGGUGCCAUCGUGGAUAUUCCCAGCGAUCUCCGGAAUUUCAGCGCGGAAGUCAAGCAGGAUCUGGCUGCCUUGCCUAAGGACUGGCCCGAGCUCAUCAUCGUCGGGUUCCCCCUCGGCCACGACUGGCCCAACGAUGGCAACUAUGCCACGCUCAUGGGGAUCCCCAUGACCGCCAAGUCCACGGGCCACAUUGAGCUCCAGUCCGCCGACAUGGCCGAUAAGCCCAAGAUAGUCCCGAAGUGGCUCACGAGCCGCACCGACCUGGAAGUCUCCGUCGCGUCGCUGAAGUAUAUGCGUCGGGUGUUCGAGAACCCAGCCCUCUCCGAGAUCCUCGCGAGCGAUGAGAUCUCCCCCGGCACGGAGGCCGUCACCUGGGACGAGUUGGAAGAUGCCCUGAAGAGCGGAUACCGCUCCAUGCAUCAUCCCGCGGCGACCCUGCGGAUGGGUCGGGCGGAUGACCCCGACGCGGUGACGGAUAGCACGGGCAAGAUUAUGGGAUUGGAUAAUGUGCGAGUCGUUGAUCCUUCGGCCUUCCCGUUCCUGCCGCCUGGUUUGCCCCUGGCUCCUGCUUUCAUGUUCGCGGAGAAGAUCACCGAUAACAUCAUCAACGACCAGAAGAAGAAGGGUCGUCAUGGUAAGCAUCGCACGGAUCUUUAAAUAGGAGCUGAAGACAGGUGAGGUGAAGAAGGGGCAUGAUGGACCUGGCUACUGUUGGAAGGCCGCUGGAUCGUGGAAGCGCGGACCAGCAGGCCAUUCACUAGCGGUCUAUUGGCGAGUCAUGUGGCUUUUCUGAUUUGUAGGUUUCCUCUUCUGGGUCCUAAGGGAGACAAUAGGUCCCAGUGUACCAGAUGGACCUCAGAUAAUAUUUAAUAAAUGC